AUGGCCACCCAUCGCGCCGACGCCAGCUCCUUCUUGGACAACCGGGGCUACACCGGCCCUCUCGUCCGUGGAGUGAACCCCGUCACUCUAUUUGAAAAGGCCGUGCGUGAUCGCAUCACCGAUUCCUACUACUGGAAAGAGCAGUGCUUCGGUUUGAAUGCUGCCACUCUCUGCGACCGCGCAGUCGAAUUGAGCUCCAUCGGUGGCACAUAUGGAGUCUCCGAAAAGCCCACACCCUUCCUGUGCCUUGCCUUCAAGCUUUUGCAGCUCGGUCCCGACCGCGACGUCAUCCUCGAAUACCUGAACUUCAGUGAUCCUGGCAGCGGUGAAGAGAGUGAAGAGCCUGGCCAGAAUGGUGUGGUGAAGACGAAUGGCGACUUCAAGUACCUGCGCGCGCUGGCUGCAUUCUAUGUUCGCCUGACCUUUGAUGCGGUAGAUGUCUACAAGACCCUGGAGCCUCUGCUACUCGACUAUCGCAAACUCAAGCGCCGAGUACGGGAUACCUUCACCCUCACCUAUAUGGAUCAGUUCAUCGACGACCUUCUUACGAAAGAUCGCGUUUGCGGUACUAGUCUGUGGAAGCUGCCGUCGCGGACACAGCUAGAGGACCUGGACAUGCUAGACGAACGCAUUAGUCCCCUGGCAGAUGAGCUGGAAGAACUCGACCGGGAUAGCGAUAAGGAGGAAGGCGAGGCGGAACGGGAUGGCAGUGACAAAGAGUCAUCCCCCAGACGGGAUGAAGACGAUGAUUGA